AUGGAGGGUGUUCCACCUGAUUUGGAACCCGACGUAAUAAUGAGGAAAAAAGGAAAAAAUGCGAAGUUGAAAAAUAAGCUUAAACUCGUUCUGGAUUCUGAGUCUAAUCAAUUGAAUGAUACUUUGAAAGCUAAAUCGGUCACUACACUCGUUAAUAAGUUUGAAUUGGAAGCAAUUUCGAUUGAUCGUAAAAUCUCGUCGGAGCUUACUGGCGAAGUUUCAGCGGAUAAAAGUGAUAGUAGCGGGAACGAGAUUGUGAAGCCUUCUAGCGAUUCUGAAGUCGAUGCUAUGGCUCCUCUAAUGACUCCAUUGGUAAAUUACAUUACAGUCAAGAAGGAAGAAGUAUCAACUGAAGAUUUGAGCUCCCCUGUUCUCGAAUUUGAAAAAGAUAUCACGCAAUUUUGUAGUCCAGGAGAGAAGGAAGCUAUGAUGGUGUUUUGGAACAGUCUAACUUUGAAUGAGAAGGAAGGCUUCGUUCAUGGCUUACGGUUUAUUAAGAAAAAAUAUAACAAGGAAGGUGAGUUUGAUUCUUCUUUUGAUGAAUCCAUUGAUAAUGUCAAGAAGCUAUCAUCUGUUAGCCAUAGGAACGAUAUUUUGAUGAAAUGGAAAGAGCUUAAUCAAAAAAAGAAGGAGAAGGUGAUUCAUAAGUUGUGCACGAGCAAAAUCAAAAAACAGGUUGAAGCCAACAUUGGGAAGAACCGAGUGCCCCUUAAAUCUUCUGCUUCGUUGUUCCCUGUGGCAGUUGACAUGAAGAAAACUUCUGAUCUUGAAGCCUCGGAUGGAUUGCAAAAAGUGGGAGAAACAUUGCUAAAUUUCAUUCCUGAUGGAAUUCCAAUAUCGAAUAAUAAUAAUCCUGUGAUUGUGGAUCUUCAAGAAAUAUGCUCUAUGCGAUCACAGGUAAAGGAAAAGAAAGUCAAAAAGAAAAUUGAAAUUGAUGAUCUGGUUAGUCAACAACUUGAACAAGUUUGUAAUGAAAUUAUUUUUCACUUUCCUAGUAAGUUUAAUCACUUAGAACUUGCUAAUGAGGGUGAAUUUAAAUUCAAAUAUGUUGAAGAUGAUGAAGAGAAGUAUGAGGGUCAAAUGAUUAUAGAUGAAAAGGAAGAAAUUAGAAAAACAGGUUAUAAUAAAAACGGCGGGCUUCUCAUAACUGAAGAUAUGUUGGAAGAAAUGAAGGCUAGUAACACAAAGGGUAAGGAGGAGAUUGUUACCCCUGUGCAAGUGUUGGUGGAAGAAAAGAGUGAAGGCAAAGUCUCAUAUGCUGAAAAAGUGAGUGGAAAGAAAUUGAAUGCUGCUAACCUUAUAUCAAAAAUUAAAAAGAAAGCAGAUCUUCCAGUUGGUGCUGUGGAAAUGCCCAUUAGUGAUAUUCUGAAAGGAUGCAGUCCGUUUAAGACUACGUUGUAUGGCUAUUUCAUUGAUAAACAUGUUAAUUUUUUUAAUGUUAACAAGUUUGCGCAUAACAUGUGGAAGAGAUAUGGCUUGGAAGAGGUUAUGGUAAAUGAAGAAGGUAUCUAUUUCUUUAGAUUCAGUUCAGAACAAGGUAUGCUAAAUGUUCUCGAAGGAGGAGUAUGGAUGAUUUUUGAUAGUGCCCUCAUAGUGAGAAGAUGGACAACUGGAAUUAGUUCAGCGAGAGAUCAACAUGACAAGGUUCCGGUUUGGGUAAAAAUCUAUAAUGUUCCCUUGGAAUAUUGGAAUGGAACUGGGCUUAGUCAUAUUGCUUGGGAAAUUGGAAAACCUCUUGAUGUGGAUGCUCAUACUGCCAAGAUGUGUCAAGAACAUUGGGGAAGGCCAGCAUUUAUGAGAAUUUUAAUCGAAAUGUCGGCUGCUAAUGAAUGGCUCAAAGAGUUAGAAGUAUUCUCCUCGGAUCUUGUAACUGGUGAAAGAAUUUCUUCUAAAUGCAAAAUUGAAUACGCCUGGAAUCCAUCAAAAUGUUCCCAUUGUAAGGUUUAUGGUCAUAGAGAUGCUACCUGUGGAAUUAUUUUAGCUAAGGAAUCCAAUUCUCUUAAGACUUCAAAAGUUGGCGAAGAGAAUAAAGAGGAGAAAAAAAUUGAUCUUAUGGAAGUUCUUAUUGCUAGUACAAAAUCUGUGCAGGAAGAUCAAGAUGGAUUUCAAACUGUUGUUAAAAGAAAUAAGGGAAAUAAUAUGGGAGAAAAUUCAAAGGAAGAAAUGAAGAAUAAAAAGCAAAAUGCGAAUCAAGGGCAAAAAGGGAAAAGUUAUGGAGGGGAAAAAAUAGAAAACGGAACUAAAGCUAGCUUGCAGGGGCAAAAAGGGAAUAAAAGUGUUAAAUCAGUUAUGACGGCUGAGGGAAAUCAAUGGAAUAAAGGAAAAGGUUCACAGGGGUAUAAUGGGAAAAAUCAAAUUAUGAAGGGAAGUUUUUAUAGCAGAAAUUUCGAGCAGGGGCAGACAAGUAAUAAUGAUUAUUUGUUGAAUAAGAGGGAGAAUAAUGCUGCGAAUUUUAUGGGAAAAAAGGAUGUGGCAGGCUUUUCUCAUGGCAGUGGAAAAAUUGAGGAAGAAGUAAAAUCUGAAGACAGAGGAAAAAUUAAAGUUGUUGGACAGAAAUAUGUUUCGAAAUCUGGGCUGGACUUCAAAAUUAGCUCGAAUUUUGAUUCUAAGCCUCAUUCUCUGAAGUCUAACAGCCCUUUUAAUUUUUCAACUAACAAUAAAUUUGAUGUUCUCAAUAAUUUGGAAGAAGAGAAUCCUUUUGUUUUUGCGAAGAAGGGAGUUGAUGAGGCUGAUUUAGCUUACUUGGAUUCAGUGGAUCAAAUGGAGGUGAUAGGAGGUAUCCCUUUGACAGAUACCAACAUGGAAUCACCUUCCCAAUGA